UCAGACACAUGGAGUGCUAGUAGUAUUUAGCCGGCGAUUCAAGAUCCCGACUCGAUCCAGGCCCGAUGCGAUGACGAGCCACCGCACGCUCAUCCAUGCGUUUCGAGCCAUCGCCCUGCUCCGAUCCCAGUCGGGAAUCGGACUGACCGGCACGCCGAUGGCCGCCGGGAGUGUAUAAAAAAAACGGGAAUCAUCCUGCGAUCUGCUACCGCAACGUCAUCUAGCUCACUCGCAUUCAGACUGCAGUAUCGUCUCGUGCUCUUCGCCUUCUUCGCCCCUCGUUGUCCCUGAUUACUGAAAGGAGACCUACUUGCGAUUUCGCCUGUCGGCCCCCCGAUUUCUCCGUGCGUCUUUGAAAGGCAUCCCGAAAAAGAGAAGGCGAAACCGGAGUCCAGAAACUCACCAACUACGCUUUCCCACGCGCAUAUAACAGUCCCUCUUACGAAUUAAGAUGAGCUUACGGCAUUCUCACCUAUCGCGCUGGUUCUCUCAAGCGUUUAAAUUAGUUCAACAUGCGCCACCAGCAUCAACGACGAGGAUCAAUUCCCCGCUGCACAGGAUACCCUUCGGGUUCACAACAAGACGGACAUUGACGUUCCAGAGCCGCGCUCCUCGCUCCUCGCAAGGAAAGUUAAUGAGCGGCCAGUUCCAACAACCAGGCAUGUUCCGACGAUUUUUCAAUUCGUCGCGGGCAAACAACUCGGCGCAGUCGGAGCAGCAAUCGGGGUCACUCUCCCAGCGGCUACGCACACUUUCGAAGGAGUACGGCUGGUCUGCGUUGUGGGUAUACCUGAUCUUGUCGGCGGUAGACUUCCCGAUUUGCUUUGCAGUCGUCCGUCUGGCCGGAGUGGAAAGAAUCGGCCACUAUGAGCAUGUCAUUUCCGAAUCAGUCAAGGGGGUAAUUAGUAAAGUGUGGCCUACUUCAGAGGAUGCCAGUUCCGAACUGGAGGGCUCAGAUGGCCAGACGGAUAUUAAGUCGACGCAGGCGGCUCAGGAGCAGGCCAAUGCUGGAGAAGCCAGUCUAUGGACACAGCUUGCCCUCGCCUAUGCGGUCCACAAAAGUCUCAUCUUCAUCCGUGUGCCCCUGACAGCAGCCAUCACUCCGAACGUUGUCAAGGUCCUAAGGCACUGGGGUUGGGAUAUCGUCAAGGGUAGACCAAAGGGUAUGUAGGUGCCGGUGAUGGUUCGACCGACGACGGUGGAUUGGACGAGUUAUGCGAGGAAUGACUCCUUGCGUAUUGUCAUCGAAACAAGAUAUUAUAUUUAUAGAGCGCUGUACACUAGCUAUUACAUAUAAUUUUGCAGGACACAUACACAGUGUCCUUCUCCACUCAGGGAUUUUGAACCGGGUAUUUCUGCCAAACAUGGUCGCCAAUCAGGACGAGGAAGACAAACAUUCAAGGAAAUGUGGGGCGGGACAUCAAGGGCCACUGAUCUAUCGUAUCCAAAGCCACGGCAUGUAGCAAUAUUGAGCCAAAGGUUAUGAGAUACUGACACAUCAAGUUCAUCCAGGUAUGCUGAGAGAAGAGAAA